AGAAGUAAAUAAAUGAUGAAUGACUCAGAAGCUUCCGACUGGUCGAGCUGAGGGAGGAGGAGGAUAAAGCUAUGGCGUCCCUGAAUGUCACCACCGCUUUUUUAUCCCUCCGGCAGCCGGAGUUCCCUUCCGACAAUGUGAAUCGCCGAUGCCUCAUCGGAAAUUUCCCUAAUCGGAGACCGACCAGGCCGCUCUCCAUCGCUGCAAAUUCUUCUGAGCCAUUUCUGUCCACUCCUGCCGAAAAACCUGAGAUCGAGCUUGAAUUUAUUGGGCCGAAGCCGGGAAGCGACGGAUCGUUUCCGGUGGACAAGGCUAAGGCUAUAAGUGGCGAGAAGCUGUUGAGGAAUAUAAUGCUGGAUAAAAAAAUCGAGUUGUACGCCCCAUAUGGAAAAUUGAUGAACUGUGGUGGUGGUGGAAGUUGCGGGACCUGUAUUGUCGAGAUAAUUGAUGGGAAGGAUCUAUUGAAUGAGAGAACAAAUACUGAACUCCGUUACCUGAAGAAGAAACCCGAAAGUUGGAGGCUUGCUUGUCAGACAAUUGUUGGCAAUAAAGAGAACUCUGGCAAGGUGGACCAUUGGUUACAGGUUGUGGUCCAAAGGUUGCCCCAAUGGAAGAAGUGAUUUAGAGUUGCAUCUUUAUGUAGAGGCUGUGAUUUGUUGCAAAAUCAAUAGAUUAUAUUAUUCUACACCAACCAAGACCUACCUUGAAAGCUGCUGCUCAUAAACAAAUUUGUGGCUUAACACUCAAAAUAUUAGUUGUUACCACGUUUACUUUUGCUUUACCUUUAUGUAAGUUGAAAUUGUAUAUGUUGAGAAACUUAGUGGAAAAAUGAGAGAUCAAGUCUUUUAAUUGUUAAUAUUGGCACGUGUAUUGUUUAUUCCCACUUUCUUAUACUUCAUGUAUGAAAUAAGAUUGCGAAGGAACAGGAAGAUUAUAGCG